GCCGGGCCAGGCGGCGGCGGGGCCGGGGCCGGCGGCGGGGGCAUCCCCGCCUCCUCUCUGGCAGCGCCGGAGCCGCCGGAAACCCGGCGGUGCUGCUGCUGCCGCCGCGGCUCCGGCUCCCCGAGAAGUUGUUGCCGAGGGAGAGCGGCGGGGCCCGGGCCGGCAGCCCCGGCCCGCCCGGCAUGCCCGUCCGCCCGGAGCCCAGCGGGGCAGCGGGGCGGCGGCCGAGCCCCUGAGCGGGCGGCGAGCAGCCAUGGAGCAAGAUCCAAAGGAGGAGGUCUCAGAGAAACCAAAGUGUGCUCCAACUGCAGAGAAAUAUGGCUGGAUUAAAAAAAGCAGCGGGGGGCUCCUGGGACUGUGGAAGGAUCGUUACAUCCAGCUGAGGAAAACACAGCUCAUGGUCUACGAGGACGAGGAUGAACAGAAGUGCAUAGAAACGGUGGAACUGGAGAGUUAUGACAAGUGCCAGGAGCUGCGUGCACUACUAAAAAGGAAAAAUCGUUUCAUUCUAAUCCGCUCCCCGGGUAAGAAGGUUCAUGAUAUCAAAUUCCAAGCUCCAACUUUGGAAGAAAAAGAAUCAUGGAUAAAAGCUCUUAAUGAAGGGAUCAAUAGAGGCAAAAACAAAGUAUUUGAUGAGGUGAAAGUGGACGAGAGCCUUUCCUUGGACCACGUGACUCGGGACAGGGUGAAGGUGUCCCACGGACGCCGGCCACCCACGAGAAGCCACCUAAAGGAGGCUGCCAAGUGUACAUCAGAUGGUAUCCUGCGACUAGAUCUGGAUAUAGUAGACAAUGGACCACCAACCUUUGAUUCCACUGUCAGUGAAAGUGACAAUGAACCACCUCAGAAAGAAACUCCAAAGCCCCCUAUGCCACCCAUAAAACCCACAGGCACAAAAGAAAACCAGGAAGCAGAGAACAAUGUUCCUGACCAGGAACAUAAAAAACCUCUGUGUCCUCCACUGCCUCCAGAUAAAAAGCUUAAGGAAAGCAUCAAAUCAAAGGACACUGCAAAUGCCAAGGAAGAGGACUCUGGAAGUUCAGAGGAGAACAUGGAAGAAUCCCAAGCACCAAGUGAGGAGAACAAGGAGAACCUCAUUGAGAUCAGCAACAGGGUUAUAUCAAAAGCUCCAAUUCCACUUCCUAAGAGUGUGCCAGACAAGCUGAAAGUAGCUUGGGACCAACCAACCAUUGAACCUAAAAAGAAAGAAGACUUGGAAUCAUCAGGAGAUGAUGGCAAAGACAACCUGGCUGAGAUUGCUGCUGCAGAUGUUUCAAAGCCUCCUGUUCCUCCUAAGGUUUUGCCAGAGAAAAUGCUUGCCACAGAGAACUCCAGCCAGGGUGACCUGGAAGCUGGGGGCUGGGAAGAGCAGGAGUCUGGCAGCUCCAAGCCCCCAGUGAAUGGGAUCACAGCCAGCGAGGUAGCAGAGUUCACAUCCCUGGCAGCUGAAACAGAAGAAGGAAAUGGGAGGACCGCAGCUGAGAAGGAACAGCAAACUUCAGCAGAAGAGACAGAGACUUCCUUAGCUACAGAAACAGACCACGAGAGUGUAAAAGCAACUAUUGAGAAGAAAGAUUCUACAGAAAACACUUCAGUUCUCAAACUUCGCUGCUCUUCUCUGGGAGACUUGCUCUCUGAUUCCAAAAAUAAACAGAGAGCACUUCCAGGCCAAGGUUUCCCGAAGGAUUCCCAUCAAUGCAUAGCUAAAAUGGAGGAGAAGGUUGCUAAUGAAAGGGAAAAAGCAGAAAAGCUUCUGCAGAAGGUUUUACGUGAAGGUUUGGAACAGGCCCAGGAGGGGAAUGGACCCCCAGUGGUGGCAGAGACGUUGCUCAAUGAGGCAGUAGAACAGCUUCGGCAAGCUUCACAAGUUUUGCAAGAAAUUAAAGGUCUUGGAGAACUGAAAAAAGAAGGAACACAGAAACAGAAAGAAAAGCAAAAGGAUCUAGUGACUCUUUACAGGAGAAGUGCUCCCUGACAUACUCUGCAGAGACUUCUUUCCCAAAAUCAAAGCUAAACAUUUGCAUUUAUGAUUUGUACCAUUGCUAGGCCAGUGUUUAAAGAUGGUGUUUUGCUGUGCACACACCAUGUUUAUGGGACAGAAUUGAGCUUUCAGUUAUAGCAUCUUUCUUUCUUCAUGUUGUACGUACCAGUCUGGUUCUAAUCCUCUUAGCACAGCAGAAGGUUACAGGACAGUGAACAGUUUCAAAAAUGUGAAUGCUCUUUAAGAAUUCUGUCCAAAGUCCUUUCAAUGGAUCAGGCUUUAAAAAUUACUGGUAAUCAGACCAAGCCAGAUUUUUUGAAAGGAUCAGAAUGGCUAUUCUAGCAAAAGCCCCAGUCUCUCUGUAUUUACAGGCAAGCAAAUACCAGAUUACACUGGCACCUAUCUGGUUUUCCCAGUUAAAUCAUUUAAAGAUAAAUGUAGUCAGUGUUUGUUCGCUUGCUGGCACGGUUUCCCAGACCACCUGGCCCAGUGACAUCUAGGAAUGUAAAGAUAAAUCAUUUAAUCUUCUCCAAAGAUACUCAUAAAACCACAUCCACAGUUAAAAAGUGACCUCACACAGAGGCAAACCAAACUGGCCAGUUCCUGACUCCAAGUAGUGUCCCUGAUGUGGAGCAGCUGCAUGAAGGCACUUUGAGGCUGGCUCUGCAGUGCUUUAGGUGUGCUAAGCACUGUGUGAGGGAACACCAGCCUCAAAGCAUCAUUGCCAGGCAAGUAUUGAUUGUUCCUCUUUCAUUAAUAGGGAAAUUGAGAUUACACUUGGCCUGUGAAAGUGUCUUCUAGCAAGACAACACAUUUAUUAUUGAGGAACGUACCUAUCUGAUAACUCUGAAUUCCCUCAGCAUUGUAAGGAACAAAUAGCCAGGCAUUUGGAGAAGCUGUGUCCAGGAGAUCCCCAGGAGCUUCCUGGGAGAGCUGUCACAAAGCAGCUCCAGGGAUGUGUGUUCCCUUAGUGUUGUCUUGGGAUGUAACUGACAGGAGCAUGCACAUUAGCAGUGGGUCUGGGUGAGAUCCCCCCUCCCAUGGAACACCUGCUGUGUCCUGGCCAGCCUGAGAGCCAUGGUUUGGCCCAGAUCUCUCUAAUUUACACACAUGGAGGGAAAGGCAUUUUGCACACAAAACUUUGGGGCUGGUCCCAAUGGCUUAAGUGUAAGAAAAUAAAAAUGCAUUGCUAUAGAAAGGUCUGAGGAAGGCAUUGCAGAAGGCUCCAGCAUAAUUCCCACAGCUUCCCUUGUCCACCACAGUUCUUGUGGUCCUCAGUGAUUACAGCAGUGGUAAAAUUGUGUCUCUGCACUUCUGCUAUGUGGCCCCAUGCCUGAGCUGGGCCCUCUCCCCUGUUCUCUCUCGUUGCUUUGAGGAGAAUUGUGUGACAGCCCAGAGGGCUUCUCCUGUGCUUGAGCCAGGCUCUGGAAACAUGGAAAAUGGCAAUCUUCCCAGUCUGGUGUUAAGGAGCAACGUGCUACCUAAACUCUUUUCUCUCAUUUUCCAGCACUUUGUUCUUAGCUCAUCUGUUUCUUUUUCUCCUAACUGCCCAGGUCCCACAAGUCUGCAGGGGGCUGCAAACACCAACCACAGCAGCAGUAAAGUUUGGUUUGAGCCUCCUCUUAGGCUAGGCAUAGGUACUUCAGGUAUGAGCACAGAAAGGUUGACUUUGGGCUUCCAGAUACUCUGGUUUCUGCCACCUGGAGCCAGUGAGACAGAUAGUGACCAUAACUGAUGCUUCUGCCUCUUUUGAUUAAACUAGCCUUGGUUUUGGUAGUGAGUGCCCCUCUCAAGAAAGACAUAGAUAUUGUAUGAGAGUUCACUUGUUAUUCUGUCACAUGGAAAGUUCUACAUGGUCAAACACUCAGGGCUCAGGUGCCAAAAAGUUUUGCUUUGAGGCAAGAAGUUUCCAAUGUCCUAAGCCCACCCUCAGGCACACAGCCUGAAGCAAACUCUGGACCUGUGCCAUUUGCUGCCGUGGGUUCAAUGUGAACUAUGGGUCAUAUUCACCUUUCCAGACACACUUAGGACAAGGGCUAAGAACACAGACAAUAUUCAGUGCCUAUCUGCUAUCUAAAUGUAUUUUUCUGCAUGUGCACUUUUGUUUACCGAACACUGUGUGGUAUGAAUGUGAGCUGUCAGAACCUGGUGUGCACUGGAAGUGGAGGGACAUCAGCUCCAGAGAGCAGGCAGGCUUUUGCAAGAUGCAGUUCUGUAACAAUAGAGAGAUGGGGGAAAACCCAGUUCACACUAAUGGGAGUAUACACAAACCAGGGCAAACUCUGGGUACAGGUUCAUAUCCCAAAGCUGAAGGCCUGUCCUAAACUUCAGGACAGGCAAAUCAAAGCCUGGCACUGAAAUCCAGGAGAAUGACAACAGCUUAUGGGGUAGCUCAGUCCCUUAAUUUAUACACAAAUGCUUUUCCUCUCUCCUGUUUUCUUGUGGCAGUGUGUUCUGUGGAUACUCGUCUGGCAAAGCGCUGGUGAAAAUACCCAGACAUCCCUCUCUGUUACAGCCAAACCUACAGGAUGUGCUUAUAUUUACUGUAUAUUUUUAUAUUAUACUCAAUAUUCUAAUGAAUAAAUGUCUGACAUUUUACUGAAUAGCCAUCAGUAGGAAUCCUAACAGAUAAAUACCCUCUACCUGUUAGGAAAUGGGCAAAUUAAAUAAUUUUACAACCUACAGCUAAUUACUGUAUAUGCUGUACUAACAAACCUUACUGGACUUGUAUUAUGUCUUGUAAAUAGGUAUAACUUAAGUGGCAUCUCUCUAUCACCCAGUAACUUUACUGCAGCAAAUGCUAUAGUAGAGACUCUUGGUUUUAACUGGUUUUUUUUUCUAAUAGAUUUAGCAGUUUCAUCCUAAAACAUCCAGCCUUCUAUGGCAACUCCCAUCUUCAGUGUACAUCCUGCCACCAUGCACUUUUUUUUUAACCUUCCUUUAAACAUGCGUUUAAACUUGCAUCUAAUUCCUGGCUGCACUAAGGCUAGGGGGUUUUGAGCCUCUGGGCUUGGAGUGCUGGAGUGUGAGUCUGUGUUUUGGGCUGUGCCACCAGUUUACAUGUCUGUGACAGGAAGGAAGUGAGUUUGCAAGUGAGCAAGUGUGGAUGACGAUCUGAAAAGCAGCUGCUGCAGCCCGUGGAAAGGCAGCACUUUGUCUCCUGUUUGUAAAGAGCUUUGAGAUUUGGCAAUAAAACCUCCUUUUAAAAA